CCCUCUCUCCACCCAUCUCCUACGACACCCCCUCUCUGUCACCACCGCCAUCCUCCCUGCACACAAAGCACUGCAAUGAGCUGAAUUCAGAGCGCCUCGGAAAACAUCGCAAACACCUCCGGAGGCGGAGAAGGAGCCGCCAUGGAAGGAUACAAAGCAAAACCCCCCCAGUGACACCCCAGAGCGGCUCCUGCAGCGGGGACCCACCUGGAUGUACCCGCACAUCCCCGCACCCCCCGAGCGACGAUCCCGGGGGGAAUGUGCGGCGUCGCUCCCUUUUAACCGCAGCGACGACUGAGCCCUUCCUCACGGGAAACUCCUCCUGAGCGUGAUGGGAACCACAGAAGCCACUUUGAGGAUGGAGAAUGUGGAUGUGAAGGAGGAGUGGCAGGACGAGGACUUCCCCGGACCUCUCCCAGAAGAGACCGGCAUGGAGUCGCUGGGCAGCCCCGCAGAGGACGAACACACAUCCUCUCCCCCUCAUACCUUAAACUUUAACGGGGCGCACCGUAAGCGGAAGACGCUCGUGGCACCUGAAAUCAACAUUUCCCUGGACCAGAGUGAAGGUUCCAUUCUGUCCGAUGACUUCUUGGACACGCCGGAUGAUCUGGAUAUCAAUGUGGAUGACAUCGAAACGCCCGACGAGACGGAUUCCCUCGAAUUCCUGGGCAAUGGGAACGAGCUGGAAUGGGAAGAUGACACCCCUGUGGCCACAGCCAAGAAUAUGCCUGGGGACAGCGCGGAUCUGUUUGGGGAUGGAGGGACGGAGGAUGGGAGCGCAACUAAUGGGAGGCUCUGGAGGACCGUCAUCAUUGGGGAGCAGGAGCACCGCAUCGACCUGCAGAUGAUCAAACCCUACAUGAGGGUGGUGACACAUGGAGGGUACUACGGAGAAGGACUCAAUGCCAUCAUUGUCUUUGCUGCCUGCUACCUGCCGGACAGCAACCUGGCUGAUUACCAUUAUAUCAUGGAGAACCUCUUCCUCUACGUGAUCAGCAGCCUGGAGCUGCUGGUGGCCGAGGACUACAUGAUUGUGUACCUGAAUGGAGCGACGCCAAGGAGGAGGAUGCCGGGGUUGGGGUGGCUGAAGAAGUGCUACCAGAUGAUAGACAGAAGGCUGCGGAAGAACCUCAAAGCCCUGAUCAUUGUGCAUCCCUCCUGGUUCAUCCGGACAGUGCUGGCUAUUUCCAGGCCCUUCAUCAGCGUGAAAUUCAUCAAUAAGAUCCAAUACGUUCACAGCCUGGAGGAGCUGGAGCAGCUCAUCCCCAUGGAGCACGUCCAGAUCCCAGACUGUGUCUUGCAAUACGAAGAAGAGAGGAUCAAGGCCAGGAGAGAAAGGGCAGAAGAGAAACAAGAGGUGGCUGAAAGGGAAAGCAGGCCUGCACCCCCUGCAGAGGAUCAAGAAACCAGCAUGCCAUGAAUGGAGGCAGCGUGGGACAAAGGGAGCAGAGAGCGACGCAGCCCAGCACCCCCCCUUGGAAAUGACCUUUGGGUACAAGACCUUCCCACCACCCAGCUCUGAGCUCUAUGAGGUCGCGGGGCCUCCCCUGUUUGCACAGCAUAAAGUCCUCCAAACUUCUGGGACACAUCUGACAUCCAACAACAACAACAGCAACGAUAAAUAUCCCCACGGACAGCACUUCUUUUAUAGUCAGGAUGGGUUCCAAUGGAUCCAACAAUGGUCUGCAAAGAGCUCGGAGCAAACGGAGGCUGCAUCUCCUUGCAAAGAGCAUCCCAUGGUCCAUUUGCCAGCAGCCCAAGGACAGACCUAUUCUUCUUUUCAGUCCCAACUCACUGCGACGCUCUGCUGCCCCAGGGGAUCGCUAAUGCAAGAAAUGAAAAGAGUCCAUUUUCCCCAUUUUCUAUCCCUUUAUUUCCCCCCUGUAAAUGCCAAGUGCCCACUGCUUCUCUCAUCCAUAACCUCCGUUCAUCUGCUGCUCAUUAACUCGUAGUGAGCUGUUGCUGUGGGUCUCUGCUGUGUUUUCACCGUGCUCAUUCUGCCUCUAUGGCCCCAAUAGCUUUGGGAAGGGUCCCACAGAGCAGCCCCUGCAGAACCUCCCUGUGAGCAGCUCAGAAGGAGCGAGCUCACACACAGCACAGCAAGUGUGGAUGGAGACCUGUGGGUCCCACACCCAGCAACCCCAACCCACAGCAACCCAGAAUUAACUGUGGAUUUCUGCAAGCACCAUCAUGGGCAUCACUGGCAAUAGGGAUUCCUGCAGGCCAUGAAGCACAGCGCCUGGUGACCCCGAGCGGUACCCGAAGAGCUCAAUGGGUUUUUAUGGCUGGUCUUUUUAUUCUUUCCUUUGAUUCUUUUCCAAAGAACAGACAUUGGGUCUAUUACUUCAGAGAAGCUGCAGGCCUGAAGACGACCCAUCCUGGGUUUCUAUAUGUCCCCAUGAGAUCCCUUUGGGCCCAGAGUUCCCCAUGAGGAUGCACCGACUUUGUGGGCUGCUCUCUGUGUUCAUUUCUCACAAGGUUUUUGUGCUGUGUCCGUGCUCUGUUCCUGGAUGGGUCUCUGUGCAGCCCUUUCAACAUGGAAAAGAACAUUGGAGCCAUAAGUGGUCUGGGCACAGCCCAGUGGGUGUGGGUACAGCUAAACCCACCGUGGGUAUGGGGACUCCUGUAUCCACAAGGCUACAGCCAAACCCAGGAGGGAUUUAAGUACAAUUCAGUGUAAAAAGUGCAUUUUGAUAGCAAGGAAAAAUAUAUCAUUAACUUAUUGUUUCUGAGAGCAAUUCAGAGGCCGAGUGAAACUCUUUGCUGAGGACACAGCAGUGGGGUUGGCAGCAUCCCAUAAUGAACUGUGCUGCAAUGCUGAUGGCUUUAGGGCCGCCCCCAGCUCUCCUUCCCAAAGACCCUUCUGAUGGGAGACACAAGGACAUGAGGAUGAGGAAAGCAAAGCAGGAUGGAAAGGCAGCACAGCUCCUCCUGAACACAUCCAGGCACUGGAAAGGGAAGGAGUCGAUGAGCAAUGAGCUCACAUUGACCCAAUGGUGAUGGAGCUGCUGCUCCUGCCCCAGUUCCUCUGCAGCCCCAUCACUGGGUUCUUCUUUGGCCCUUUUGACACAAACCCACAUGUAAAACCAAGCCCUUUUUCUACGGUGUCUGUAACUGGCCGGGCUGUGCUGGAGGGGUCGAUGGCUGCUGGGUAUGUACCGCUCUAUUUUGGCUUUGUAUGAUCCCAUCAGAAUCUGUGGACACCCGAUUAAAAACAAGAGUAAUCCUCGAGGAAAUAUAACCCACCUCCUGCUUUGUGUCUGUACCUUGGGGGGCUUCAGCCCCAUACACAAAACUCGAUGAACAUUGACUUGAAUAAAGGGGUGACAGCACUGGGUGUUUUGGGGAUGCUUUCACUACACUCUGUGCUGUCCAUAUGGCCCUUCCAAA